UACGUCGGGAACCUGUCCUGGACCGUCACGGACGAGGUGCUCUUCGACUUCCUCGCGUCGCGCACGCGCGGCGUCGUGUCGUGCAAGGUGUCGCGGAACCACAGCGGCCAGAGCAAGGGCUUCGCGCUCGCGACCUUCGCCGACGACGCGUGCGCGCGGCGGGCCAUCGGCCUCUGCCACGACACUGAAAUGGGCGGUAGGACGCUCGUCGUCCGCGCGGACCUCGCGCCGGAGCGGCGGCCCCGCGUCGCCAAGCCCAAGCGGUCCCCCGAGACCGCGGCGUGCGACCGCGUCUUCUGCGGCAACGUGCCCUUCGCGACGACGCCCCUCGAGUUCGAGCGCAUCUUCGCGGGCGCCGGCGCGGCGGAGGCGACGCUCACCGUGGACUGCGACGGCCAGAGCCGGGGCUACGGCCUCGUCCGCUUCGGCUCCGCGGAGGACGCCGCGCGCGCCAUCGACGCGUUCGACGGCUUCGAGAUCGACGGCCGCCCGAUGCGCUGCAAGUUCGAC